AGAGAUUGGGUCCAGGCUCCAGCCAAGUGGGCGGGAGCUUCUGCCGGGCUGGUGAAGGCCACAAGGUGCUGCUGCAGUCGCCAGGAGGGGGCGCUAGCUCAGGUAGUUUCUCUUCAAAGCUUCGCGGGCUGCGGGGCGGAGUCACGAGGUAUCGCGAGAUUCUAGAGCGACCGGCGCCUACGGGUAACAUGGCGGACUCGUUGCUGCAGCGUAAGCGGGGUUCUUCCCGUGCCACAUGGCUGCGGGCUCGGAAAGGCAGACCUCAGCUCAUUCUCAGCCGUCGGCACCGCCGCCGACUCAGGACCCUGCGCUGGAGAGGUCGAAAGCGUCUGAAGCGGCGCCUCCAACUGGCCCACGCGGCCGGCGCUGACUGGCGGGAAGGAGUCUGCCCUGUGUCGCGCACAUCGGUGGCUUGGAAGCCCAAAACUGCAGACCCCCGCCCUGCCCCGGCCCUGGCCCCGGCCCCCGACCCCGACGAGGGCUGCGCCUGGAGGCGCCCCGCCUGGCUCCCCAUUCCGCCGGUGCGGCCGGCCGGCCGGGGUCGCGCUUUGUUGCUGCUGCCCCUGGAGCAGGGCUUUACUUUUAGUGGCAUCUGUCGAGUAACUUGCCUCUAUGGCCAAGUGCAGGUACUUGGUUUUACCAUCAGUCAAGGCCAGCCUCCCCAAGAUGUCUUCUCUACCUACACCCAUUCUCGCCUGACUAUCAGUUCACUUCAUUACUUCAUGCCUGAGAAAAGCAAUAAGGAGAUGAAAAGGGAAGCCCGGACUUUGCUCAGAUCCCAUCUUAACAAGGGUGACAGGUGUUGGGCAAUGAGAAAUUUUUCUCCUCUGUGUUCUAUCGUGUUGCUGGAACGUUUGAAAACCUCCACUGUAAACUUUAUAGUCAGCCACCCAGGUUUAUCAAAUGUUUUCCAACAAGAGACUCCAACUUUCCAAAUUAAUGCUGAGUCUUUAGCCUUGAGGUCUGUUGGCAUUAGAAGAGGGAAAAAAAAAAUUGGCCAUCGUCUAACUGAGAGCUUCCUUUCAGCCGUGGAGGAGCUGGUCAGUGUUUCUUGUGAAGAAGCAGAUGGCUGCCCUAUUAUUCUGGUUUGUGGAUCCCAGGAUGUUGGAAAGUCAACAUUUAAUAGAUACUUGAUUAACCAGCUGUUGAAUUGCCUUCCUUGCGUUGACUAUUUGGAAUGUGAUCUGGGACAGACAGAAUUUACUCCUCCUGGCUGUAUUUCCUUAUUUAAUAUUACAGAACCAAUCCUAGGACCACCUUUCACCCACCAGAGAACACCUCAGAAAAUGGUGUAUUAUGGGAAGCCAUCUUGUAAUAGCAGCUGUGAGAAUUACAUUGAGAUCAUAAAGUAUGUGUUCAGCGCCUACAAGAGAGAGUCCCCUCUUAUUGUCAACACAAUGGGUUGGGUAACAGAUGAAGGGCUUUUACUUCUUAUUGAUCUGAUCCGAUUGCUGUCUCCCAGUCAUGUUAUUCAGUUCGGAUCCUCCCGAAGUCCGUACAUGCCAGACCUCACCUCUGCCUAUGUAGAUGACAUGGAUGGCUUGUACACGAAAAGCAAGGCCAAAGUCAGAAACAGAGGUUAUAAUCUUCCAGAAUUUGCAGAUAUUUUGGAGUUUGCUGAUGAAGAAAAGGAAAGCCCAGUUUUUUUUACUGGGCAUAAACUAAUGUGUAUUAAGGCAGAAUUUAUAAUUAGAAAAACUUCAAGAAACAGAGAGACAUACAACAAAAUUCUUCGUGGUUUGGCAGUGUUAGGUUACCUUGGCAAACUGCAACCUCCAGUGCCAAAACCACUUUGUCCCUUACACGGUCUGACACCUUAUCAGGUCCCUUUCAAUGCAGUAGCACUCCGGGUCAUUCACUCUGAUGUUGCUCCUACCCACAUAUUAUAUGCUGUGAAUGCCAGCUGGGUUGGUCUCUGCAAGAUCCUGGAUGAUGUCGGAGGAUACACACGUGGGCCCAUCCUCCUUGCCCAGACUCCAAUCUGUGACUGUGUAGGGUUUGGAAUUUGCAGAGGGAUCGACAUGGAGAACAGGCUUUACCACAUCCUCACUCCUGUGCCCCCUGAGGAGUUACGAAAUGUGAAUUGUCUGCUGGUGGGAGCCAUUUCCAUUCCACAGUGUGUCUUCCAGUGCCAGCAAGGACUGGAAGGAACAAUGCCUUAUGUCACAACAGAUUAUAAUUUUAAACUUCCUGGAGCUUCAGAUAAAAUUGGAGCAAGAGAAGGUAACAAGAAACCUCAAGAGAAACUACACCCCAAACGUAAAUUUUAUCGAAAAACAAAAUGAUACUGAUGAUUUUAAUAAGAAAGCGAUGGCCUUGGUCUCCAGCUGACGUCAGCAGAUGGAUGGGUUUCUAUGGCUUCAAAGGGAGCUACAUAAGUACAUAGUAAACAGUGCUUCUUCUGGAACACCGGCCUGUUGAUUGGAAAUUUAAGUUCCUUUCCUCUUAAGCUACAUGACCUAAAGUUUUGCUCAAGUCUUCUGUGUUUUUUAUCAUGAUGCUAUUUUCUGAAGAGGUAAAAGCAACAGGAAAAGUUUGUAUGUCACUACAGUAUUGAAUUGGGUCCAUUCGUCAAAAAUUCUCCAAGGACCUGGCUGUUGGAAUCUGGAUAAAAGUAGGGAACCUGGGACCACCAAAACAUACCAAGGAGAAAGAAGGGCUGUCCAACAGGACUGAACCAUAAUAAGGUGUGAGUGAGGAUCACCGUGUACAGACUAGGGCCUCCUGCCAGGCUGACUGGGGUCUGCCUGUGGGACACGCAUGGCACUCCUCCUCCUUAACUUCUUCUAUGUGGGUUGAAUGGUAGAAGAGUAUGUUGAGUAUGUUUGUAAUCAAUGUAAUCAAGGUUUAAUAGAUAAAAAAUUGGACUUGGAAAAAUAAAAACUAUGUUUUAUUGGCUUUUUUUUUUUUUUUUUUUUUUUUUUUUUGGUCAUUGCUGGAGUUUUGCUGCUGUGGGCCAACUUUUACAAAGAAGAGACACCACCAAAGCUUCCUUCAAUGCCACAGUAUUUGUGAAGCAGGGGCUCAAACCUGGGUCAUGUACUUGGUAAAUCAGACACCCUUCCAGGUGAGCUAUCUGACUGAUCCUCCACUGUAUUUUAUUGUAGUACUGGAGAUAGGUCAAAUUCAAGGUCUUGCAUGCACUCCCCACCACUAGGCCACCUCCCUGGCCUAAUUUUUUAUUUCAUUUUUUUAUGACAGAGUGAGAUAGGGCACAAAGCUCUGAUUCAUAUUCCAUGGAAUUUUCUUCUCUGUGGCUCUUGUGAGCUACCAGGGAACUGAAUCUGUGCAUGUAAGGCAGGUGCUCUGUCACUGAGUCCCCUCUCGUACCGUAACUUUGUUUUAAUCUGAUGGCCUUAAGUUGAAGAAAUUGCUCUCAAGUCCAGAAGCCUCUUCUUAGGCCAAACUUUAAAACUCUUUGUGCUAAUUUACUUCUCAUCUGAGAGUGAAGACUCAGUCAGCCAUGUAUUCAUUCAACUGUUAGGGAGAAGUCCUGGUAGAACAAUUUGUGAAAAGCUCUCAUCUCGACUUUGGGCAGCUGGCCAUGAACUUUCACACAUAUGAGAAUAGCUCUGCUUCUUAGAGCUUUCUGCUGGGGCACAGGAAACUGGUGAGGUAGCUAUCCUGCCAGAUGAUUUUGGAACACAAUGGGAAUCCAUUCUUCUCUCUGAUGACCAUGAUUGUCUACCUUCCAGAUGUGGAAAUGGCUUUGUUAAACAAUGAUUUUGUCCAGUCCUAUCAUUUCUGCAUUUAGGACACACACACAAACUGAGGCAAUGUUUCAGAUUGGUACUGUAACUUUCAGCAUCCUAGCAGACCUGUUUAAGGAUGUUGUGAUGUGUGGGUUUGACAUUUAUGCUCAUAGAAACUACCAAUUACUGUGGUCAGUGUUCUUGUGCCCCACAGCUUCUAGAAACACAGCAAGGACUUAACAAAUACACACAGAAACCCUUGCCACCCUCCAGGGUUAGUUUGGAUAGUCUAGAGACCAUUUAAGAUCUUUUUUCUUUUUUUUUUUUUUUAACUGCCACCAGCAUUAUUCCUGGAGCUCAGUGCUAGUACUGUGAAUCCACUGCUUUGGGUGGCCUCUGCUUUUGGUGGGAGGAGAUAAGAAACAGAAAUUGAGGUGGGAGACCAGAUAAGGAGAGAGGAGGACGCCUGCAGCACUGUUCCGCCAGUCAUGAAGCUCUUACCUGCAGGAGGAGAUGGGGGUUGGACCCAGGGCCUUGCUCAUGGUGAUGUCCUCUCUACUGAGUGUGCUACUUCCCCAACCCAAACUCUGAUUUCUUAUUUGCCUUCUUUUUUUUAAUUGCUUACCAGAACCUUGUGCUUGCACAGUGCCACUCUUCCUGGCAUACUUUUCUUUCUCAGUCACACAGGAAGAAAUUGCAGCUGCUCCACCGUGCAUGGUGCUUUCACCUAGGUCCUUGUGGAAAAUUUGUUCUCUGCUGGAUGAGUUCUCUCCCAGCCCCAGUUGCCUCUUAUUUAUACCAGCAUUCAACUUGUACAUGUUUUAAGGGUUUUAACAGAGUUUCACCUUCAACUUCAUGCUUCCUUUCCCAACUUGUUAACAGCUUUACAGUUGGAUCAUAGCAGCUAGUCUCAGAAAUUGGUGCAGGCUUGCCCUCCACUUAAUUUCAUCAAUUCUCUUCAGCCUGUCAGUAAGGAAACUAGUGUUGCCACUAGAGGGCGUCCUUAGGCACCAUUUAGAUGGCUCUGUAGGGCCACAGCUGGCUAAGGGUUUAAAUUCUGCAGUUUCAGAACUGGACUCUGGCCUCUGGCCAGCUGUGGCAAUGCUGGUCAGACUGGCAUGGACAUUAUCCACCUCAGGUGUCUCUCCAUUCAGUUCUCAAUACCAGUGGUUGUGACUUUUGCUUUUUUUUUGUAGUGAGUGAUGGAUAGUUACAACGAGCUCAAUAUUGGAGUUGUUCCCUGUAGACUUUUUUAAAAAAAUGUUUAUUUUAUUGAGGAGAGAUACAUAGACCAAAGCACUGCUCAGCUCUGGUUUAUGGUAGUACUGGAGAUUUAACCUAGGACCUCAGAGUUCCAGGCAUGAAAGUCUCAUUUUUUUGGUGUCAUUUCCAAAGGAACAUGCUUAUUUUACUUAUUUUCUUAGUUAUCUUUAUUUAUUUAUUGGAGAGAGACAGCCAGAAAUCAUUAAUUAUCUUUAUUUAUUUAUUGGAUAGAGACAGCCAGAAAUCAAGAAGGAAGGGGGUGAUGGAAAGGGAGAGAGACAGAGAGACACCUGCAGUACUGCUUUACCACUUUCAAAGCUUUCCCCUGUGGGUGGGGCGUGUGUACUCAAACCCAGGUCCUUGUGCACUGGAAGAUGUUUUCAAGCAGGUGCACCACCCAGUCCCACAUAGGCUUAUUUUAAAGAAAUAAGGAACAAGACUUAGAAUAUGAAAGUGCUUAGUUGCCAGUUUUGUGGUUCUUUAAAAUUAUGUUUUUUAGAGAAAACUCAAAAAAGUAUUAUAAAAUGACAAGAUUUCCUUUUUAAAAAAAAUUUAUUUAUUUAUUGGAUAGAGACAGCUAGAAAUUGAGAGUGUAGGGGAGAUAGGGAAAAAGAGAGACACCUGCAGCACUGCUUCACCACUUGCAAAGCUUUCCCCCUACAGGUGGGGACCGGGGGCUCAAACCUGGGUCCUUGAGCACUGUAACGUGCACUCAACCAGGUGUGCCACCACGGAGCCCCAAGAUUUCCUUUUUUUUUUUUCUUUCCUUUUUUUACCAGAGCACUGCUCAGCUCUGGCUUAUGAUGGUGCAGGGGAUUGAACCUGAGAUGUUCAAGCCUCAGGAGUCUCUGCAUAACAUUAUGCUGUCUGCCCUUGCCCUAGAAUUGUCUAAAUUUUUUUUUUUUUUUUUUUUUGAGACAGAACCAGACCAUCAUUCUGGGAUACACCUGGGGUCAAAUUUAGGACCACCCAUGUAAGGUUAGCACUCCACCCACAGUACUGCCUGCUGUUUCUCCUCUCCUUCCUUUCCCUUCUUUCUGCCCCCACCCCCUUCCCUCUCUACCAGAGUACUGCUUGUGGUGGUAAUGAGGAUUGAACCUGAGUUUUGGGAGCCUCGGCCAUGAGGGUCUUUUUGCUUAACUAUUAUGCUAUUUCCCCCACUGUCCUUUUUUUUUUUUUUUUUUUUAAGAUUUGGAUACCAGUGGCCUGGGAAGGUAAAACAAUGGGUAGAGUGCCAGUCUUACAAGCAAGAAGUCCACUCAAAGCCAGACUAUGCCUGAGCUACUCCCUCAGAUUUUUUUUUUUAAAUAUUAAAAGAAGAUUUGGAUGGCAGUAUAUAGUGAUUGUUAAGACUCCAGGCCGGGAGUCAGGCGGUGGCUCAGUGGGUUAAGCGCACGUGGCGCAAAGCACAAGGACCGGCGUAAGGACCCCAGUUCAAGCCCUGGCUCCCCACCUGCAGGGGAGUCGCUUUACAAGUGGUGAAGCAGGUCUGCAGGUGUCUUAUCUUUCUCUCCCCCCUCUGUCUUCUUCUCCUCUCCAUUUCUCUGUCCAACAACAACGAGAUCAAUAACCACAACAAUGUUAAACAACAAGGGCAACAAAGGGAAAAUAAAUAUAUAUGUAACAAAAAAGAAAAAUAUUUAAAAAAAGGCCUAGGGGUUGAGCAGUGGUAGAAUGUACACAUUACUAUGUGCAUGGACCUGGUUUUUGUCCCUGGUCCUUGCCUGUAGUGAGGAAGCUUCAUAAGUAGUAAAACAGUGCUGCAGGUGUUUACACUCUCUCUAUCUCCCCCUCCUCAGUUUCUCUGUCCUAUCUAGUUUUAAAAAAGGGGUGGAGGGAAGCCAUUUUUCCCACAUUUUUGUUGCCCUUGUCAUUAUUAUUGUUAUUGCUGUUGUUGGACAGGACAAAAACGAGAGAUGGGGAGAGUGAAGUGACCCCAUGCAAGUGGGGAGCUGGGGGCUCAAAUGGAUCCGAAUCCUUGGCACCAUGUGUGCUUAACCCAAAGCACUACCACCCAGCCCCCUGGUGGCAACUUUCAAAAAGACUGUAGGCUUGACUCUUGUGUUCAAAUCUUGGCUUGGCACUAGCAAUAGAAUGAGGAAGUGCAUCAUCAGUUAGCUACUUUAAAGGGUAAUUGUUCCUCCUUCAGAUCCCUGUGUGAUGGGUACCUGAGGCUUCGUCUCUGAAAGAUACAGCAGUCUCUCCCUUGUGUGUGACUGAUUAGCCCUGUCCUCUAGAAGGCAGGGAGCAGACUUUCUCACAGGCAUGUUGGGACACUGCAAAA